AGCUUUAGGGUAAAGAUAAACCCUAGCUUUGGCUAUGGCGCCGUCCUCUUCCCCAUCUCCUCGCGAGGGAGCCGCCCCGGAGCCAGCGUCUUCCAAUGGCCACGCCGCCGCCAAGCACCGCAGUCGAUCGUUAUCGCGCUCGCCUCGCCGCAGUUAUUCGAAAUCUCCUGUGAGAGAUCGGGAUCGUUCCAGGUCCCGGUCGCCGGCGUCGCGCUCCAGGAGCAGAUCUAGGUCGCCCGUGCGGGGGAAAUCGCGCUCUCCUUCCAGAUCUCCAGUCAGGAAGCGCUCUUCCAGGUCUCCGGCGAGAAGAUCGCCUUCGUAUUCCCCCAGGCGGAGGCGCUCGUAUUCCCCGAAAAGGCGCCGCUCGGUGUCGCGAUCUCGCUCCCCGGCGCACAGGGGACGCUAUCGAUCGCGCUCCAGGAGUCCUUACAGCCGGAGAUCUCCACGACGGGGCUACUCUCCAAGGGAACGUUACUCGAGGAGGAGGAGCUCUCCUCCGCGCUACCGAUCGAGACGAUCGCCGCGGCGCCGACCAUGGACUCCUCCGGCGGAUCGAACCAAUGGCCUGGGAGAACCAGGAAACAACUUGUUCAUCGCUGGUUUCAACUUCAUCACCACGGAGAAGGAUCUGGAGAGGAAGUUCUCAAAGUUCGGCAAAGUCAAGGACGUUCGCAUAGUGCGAGACAAGAGGACGGGGGAGUCUCGGGGUUUUGGGUUCUUGACUCUAGAACGCGACGAGGAUGCAGAUGCUGCUAUCGAGGCUUUGGAUCAGACAGAGUGGAAUGGACGGAUCGUGCUCGUUGAGAAGGCCAAAACACCCACUCGCUUUUAAAGAAUAAGUACAGGCACAGGGAGAGAGCACACACUUCACCACACACACACAGAUGAUCGAUCGACCAGAGCUCCGUGAUGUACCACUUCUCAGCUUGGACUGUUUUUAGUUCAUGGCAAGUACUUUACUAUGCUUUAA